AUGUCGCUUUAUGCCCUCAUCCGGAACGCAUAUGACCCAUCUACUGGAGAGUUCCAUCUAUGCGAGGAGGAAAUUGAAAUGAAGGGCCAUCUGGAUGGUAACCUGUGCAGGUGUACAGGGUACAAAUCUAUCUUGCAGGCGGCGAAAACAUUUAUACAAACUGAUUUACAGGCACAAAUGUCAGUCAUUCCCACCUCGAUCCAUCUCAAAGGAGAGAAAGAUGAAGCAAACUCGGUAGACUCAGCGGAGUCAGCAUCUCCUCCAGGAUCGUGCGGUCGUCCUGAUGGUUGUUGUCGGGAUACAUCCGGCUCGAGGUGUUCGUCUAGUUCACAGGAGGAUAAGGGCAGUUCCCAAACAAGUCUUAGUUAUGAAGAGGGAAAGAGCAUAUUUAUACCACAGUUCGACUUGAUUCCGUACUCACCUCGGACGGAGCUUAUAUAUCCACCUAGACUAUCCAAGUGCACAUCACAGCUCCUUUACUACGGUGACGAGAACAAGGCAUGGUUCCGACCUGUCACGCUGAAGCAGACUCUGGACAUCCUGUCCCUGUGUCCGUCUGCUACACUGGUUGGUGGAGCUAGCGAAGUUCAAGUCGACAUCCGGUUCAAGGGGACCGAGGUGGCUGUGUCUGUAUUUGUUGGCGACAUUGAAGAGUUGACACAGCUCACCCCUGUUGAGACGAACGGCAUCAUAACUGAGCUUCUUAUCGGUGGCAAUGUUUCCCUCAGCGAUAUUGAGACUGAGUGUCAUCGCCUAAUCCCCAGGCUUAGCAAAAGAGGUUCCGCCCUGUCUGCAACAGCAAAAACCCUACGGUACUUUGCCGGGCGUCAGAUCCGAAACGCCGCUUCCCUGGCCGGAAAUAUUGCAACAGCGUCACCUAUAUCUGAUAUGAACCCGGUACUCAUGGCCAUCAAUGCAACCGUCAUCUGCCAAAACAUCCAGGGGUUGCACUCUCUAUCCAUGGACUCUAUGUUCCUUGGGUAUCGCAAGACGGCUCUUCCAGCUGGUGGCAUUAUCACACAGAUCCGGAUUCCCCUGCCUCCGCUGGGAGUGCGGGAGGUUACUAAAUCUUAUAAACAGGCUAAGCGAAAGGAUGAUGAUAUCGCUAUUGUGACGGCUGGCUUCCGUGUCCGUCUUGACAACAAUAACAGGGUGAAGGAGGUCGCCCUCGCAUACGGUGGCAUGGCGCCUACCACUGUUCUGGCAUGUAAGACACAAACUGUACUAAAGGGAAAGGAAUGGGGUGUGCAGGAUGUCCUUGAUAAGGCUCUCGAUAAUCUACUAGAAGAUUUUAUAUUGCCCUUCAACGUUCCCGGCGGAAUGGCAACGUAUCGUCGGGCUUUGGCACUAUCUCUUUUCUUCCGGUUCUGGAACGAAGUUAUUGCUGAGUUCAAGCUCAACGCUGUAGCUAUGGAUACGACUGAGAUUCACCGAAAGAUCUCACACGGUACCAGGGACAACUACAACCCACAUGAACAGCGCGUUGUAGGAAAGCAGAUCCCCCAUCGGUCUGGCUUGAAACACGCCACCGGGGAAGCCGAGUAUGUGGACGAUAUGCCGGCGCAGCACCGUGAGCUGUUCGGGGCCAUGGUACUGUCUGAGCGUGCACAUGCGAAAAUAGUUUCGGUGGAUUGGACGCCGGCCCUGGCACCGGGUUUGGCGGUUGGAUACAUCGACCAUACUAGUAUCCCGGUUGAGAAGAACCUUUGGGGGUCUGUCGUGCACGACGAGCCAUUCUUCGCUACCGACGAGGUCCAUUCCCAUGGCCAGCCGAUCGGGUUAGUAUAUGCAGAAACCGCGAUCCAAGCGCAGGCUGCAGCGCAGGCUGUGGAAGUGCUCUACAAGGAACUGCCUGCUAUCCUGACCAUAGACGAGGCCAUUGAAGCGAAGAGUUUCUUCAAUCACGGCAAGGAAUUACGCAAGGGUGUCCAGCCAGAGAAGAUGGCAGAUAUCUUCACCCAAUGUGACCGUGUCUUCACGGGCACAACGCGAAUAGGUGGCCAGGAACACUUUUAUCUUGAAACAAACGCGGCCCUUGUAGUCCCGCAUACUGAAGAUGGAACAAUGGAUGUCUGGUCUUCGACUCAAAACACAAUGGAAACCCAAGAAUUUGUAAGCCAAGUCACCGGUGUUCCCGCAAACCGUAUCAAUGCCAGGGUCAAACGCAUGGGUGGUGCUUUUGGCGGCAAGGAGUCGCGCAGCGUGCAGCUUGCCUGUCUGCUUGCUAUAGCUGCAAAGAAAGAGCGGCGACCAAUGCGAGCCAUGCUUAACCGCAACGAGGAUAUGAUGACAAGCGGCCAACGCCAUCCUAUCCAGUGUCGAUGGAAGAUAGGUGUUAUGAACGAUGGCCACCUUGUAGCCCUCGACGCGGACUGCUACAACAAUGCUGGCUACAGCUUGGACAUGAGCGGGGCAGUCAUGGACCGCUGUUGCACACAUCUGGAUAAUUGCUACCAUAUUCCCAACGUGCAUAUCCGGGCUUGGGUGUGCAAAACCAAUACACACAGUAAUACUGCCUUUCGAGGAUUCGGUGGGCCCCAGUCGAUGUUUAUCGCCGAGAGCUAUAUGUAUGCCAUUGCCGAGGGAUUAAAUAUUCCUGUCGAUGAACUCCGGCGGCGCAAUCUCUACCAAGAGGGCCAGUUAACCCCUUUCCUCCAGCGGCUUGACGAGGACUGGCAUAUCCCACUGCUCCUGGAGCAGGUCCGCCAGGAGGCUAGGUAUGACGAGCGCCGUGUAGCUAUAACCAAGUUUAAUGCUGAGCACAAGUGGCGCAAGCGCGGCAUCUGUCUUAUACCUACUAAGUUUGGUAUCUCGUUCGCCACAGCAUUACAUCUCAACCAGGCCACUGCGUCGGUCAGGAUCUACACGGACGGAUCAGUGCUCCUCAGUCACGGCGGCACGGAGAUGGGUCAGGGCCUGUACACGAAGAUGGUGCAGAUCGCAGCCCAAGAGCUUAGUGUUCCUGUGGAUAGCAUCCAUACACAGGACACCUCUUCGUACCAAAGUGCUAACGCAUCGCCGACUGCCGCAUCAUCUGGAAGCGAUCUCAAUGGGAUGGCGGUCAAAAACGCUUGCGACCAGCUCAACAAGCGGCUACAACCAUACCGGGAGAAACUUGGGGCAGAUGCACCUAUGUCCCAGCUCGCACAUACCGCCUACCAUGAUCGAGUUAACCUCUCCGCUAGUGGGUUCUGGAAGAUGCCUAAAAUAGGGCAUCAAUGGGGUAACUACGACCCGGACACCGUGAAACCAAUGUACUACUACUUCACACAGGGCGUCGCCUGCACGGAGGUCGAGCUAGACCUCCUAACAGGAGACCAUACUGUCCUCCGGACAGACAUCAAGAUGGAUGUAGGCCGAUCCAUUAACCCAGCGAUCGACUACGGACAAAUUGAGGGCGCUUUUGUCCAAGGACAGGGUCUAUUCACCAUGGAAGAAAGUCUUUGGACAAGCAGUGGACAAUUGGCGACACGAGGCCCAGGUAGUUACAAGAUCCCUGGUUUCAGUGAUAUCCCACAGGAAUUCAAUGUGAGUUUGCUGGAGGGUGUGUCUUGGAAACAUCUCCGGUCGAUUCAAAGCAGCAAGGGAAUUGGCGAGCCGCCACUGUUCCUCGGGUCUACGGUGCUUUUCGCGUUAAGGGAUGCGCUACGCAGUGCUAGAGAGGACAAUCGAAUUGUUGAGCCGCUGGUGCUGGACAGUCCAGCGACGGUGGAGAGGUUGAGACUGGCUGUCGGUGACGAGUUAGUGAGGAAGAGUAGAGUGGAGAGGAAGGAGGGCGAGACAAACUUCUUUGUUACUGUUGCCUAA